AUGUCGCGUCCGACUGAAGAAAGAAAUCAAGAUGCCACUGUAUACAUUGGAAACCUUGACGAACGCUGUACAGAAGCAUUGAUUUGGGAGCUAAUGCUUCAGGCUGGCCCAGACCGUGUUACUCAAACGCAUCAAGGUUAUGGCUUUUGUGAGUAUAUGAGCGAAGAAGAUGCUGAUUAUUCUAUAAAAAUAAUGAAUCAAAUUAAACUAUAUGGAAAACCUAUUCGUGUCAAUAAGGCAACUUCUGAUAAAAAGAACUUGGAUGUUGGCGCUUCAUUAUUCAUCGGCAAUCUGGAUCCCGAUGUUGACGAGAAAAUGCUAUAUGAUACCUUUAGUGCAUUCGGUGUUAUUGUGCAGACUCCUAAGGUGCUUGCACUUCUUUGUGUGUUGUAUACUGGAAAUAGUAAAGGGUAUGGCUUUAUUUCUUACGAUAAUUUUGAUUCAUCCGAUGCUGCAAUCGACGCUAUGAACGCUCCUCAGCCAAUUAUAGCAGCACGACCAAUCGCUCCUAAUCCUCCAAUCGUUAGUGCAUUGUCACGACCUGUUGCAUUACCAUCACCAAUGGGCCACCUGCUAUGA